AUGGAAGACGAAGAUUUUACGCGAGUAUUUAACUUAUUUAAAAAGAAAGAAUUAAGCAACGAAGAGGUCAAUCUGCAAGUACAAGCCGAUCGUGUCCUUUACGUGAUUCGUAGAACUUUGUUCAAAUUAAAUAUGCUGGCGCAUAUGCCGAUGUUUCUGGAAGACGACGCCCGCCUCUUGGAGCACAGUUUAAAACCCCACGAGCUUCAAUUCGCGCUGGAUUUGCUUUCAUCCUGCGGUUGCUGCUUAGACACGAAGAGAACCACCGAAAAAGCCAAGGAAGCGCGAUUGUCGCAGUUUUUUCCAGCGUUCGCAAAGAUUAACAAGCAAGCGAAAAAGGUGCCCGUUAUCAGUCAUAUGGAUGAAUUUCCCGAUCCUGCGAUUUUCCAACUCGUCGAUAUCCUGUUUUACAACAAGUGCAUUCGAAAGGCUAUCAAAAACGCCACCGAUCCACCGAUAGACAAGAACGUCGUGACCUUCAUGUUAUGGCUAAGCAGAUUGAAGGAAACCGUGAAACCUCUAAUUUACACAACUGGAGGGAACCACUUUAAGAACGAACAGGAACUGAGGGCUGUGUAUAGAAUGAACGUAUCCCUAGUGAAAGAAAUCGUCGAGUUGCGGCAAAAACUGCAUCACCAACGGGAGGAAUUCAAGCAGCAGCUGGAGCAGAAACGCGAACUAGCCGAGAGCUACAGAGAGAAGAGAUCCAAAUCGAUCACCUUCAUCGACAUGGAUUGCAAAAAAACCGUGCAAUUCUCCGAGGACCAAAUGAUGAAGGUGUGCCUGAGCAGCGAGUCCCGCCAGGCGGAGCUCACCGAAGAGGCCGAGCAAAUCGUCCACACCUACGACACCAUCCUCCGGCAGAACAUCGAAGAGGAGAACAAGGAGCGCGCGAAGCGGCUGAAGGUCGAGUCGCAGCUGAUGGGCUGGAUCAACACCUUCGAUCAGGACAGCAUGGAGAAGCAGGCCACGUGGGAGGAAGCGAUGGAGGAGUUCAACGCUUUGAAUACCAAAAUGGCGGAUAUGAACCGGAAGCUGGCCGCCCAGGAUUUGGUCUACGCCAACGUCCUGAAGGAGAAGGCUGAAGAGGAGGAGAGGAUAUUUAAUGAAAUGGCUUAUCAAUUGUAUUUGCGUAGGUGCGCUGUGAGACUUACCGUUUAUUGGAGGAUGUUCGUGACCAAGAGGUUGAUGAAGAAGAAGAAACGU